AUGGCCAAGACCAUCAGCCUUGUGGUGCACUGUAGCUGGCAGAUCCAGAAGAAGUACCGGAGGCAUGACAUGCUCGUGGGUCAGAAAUUCCGACUUAAGAUAGGGAUCUCUGCAGGGAAUAUGCACCACCUGAGGUUUGGAGACGAGAGGCAGCAGUACUUCUGUGUCAUUGGCAAGGCCCUGGAGGAUGUCUGUGAGGCCGAAAAGCUUGCGGAAGCAGGUGAAAUUGUCCUCUCAGCCUCCUGCUGGGAGCUAUGUGAGAAGCACAGGCUCAGAACCAGCCAUAUUGCGGGCAAAACAGCUGUGAAGGUUACGGGCAUGAACCAGAUGUCUCUGUCGGAAUGCCAAAAUGUUUUAGACAAGCUUCCACAGAAGGAGAAGUGCUGCUUCACGGAAAACGAAU